GUGUAUGUAGUGUAGUGGGGAGGUGAUCAUACUCAGUGCAUGGCCACUCUAUAAGAUGCUCAUUUGCAUUUGCCUUGCUCUAUCUGACUGAUUGAAACUCUACACCAGAGGUAACCGUUCUCUCUCUGUCAAGAUUUAUUUUGGUUAUGACAAGUUUUUCUUUCUGUGACUGCUCUUUGGGGAGGUGGUCGUUUCUGUGAAGAAUUUCCAAAUUUCUCAUUUUUUUCUUCCACUACUUUGUAUCUGGUCUUGUCUGCUGACAAGACGACCUGAGGAGUCAUACUGUACAACCCACACUAGUGCUUGGUCUUGCUCUGGGAAAAAAAUCUCUCUGUGUCUCUCAUUGUGUGCCGGGACCCCUGGUGCGUGGACCUCACUCGGGUACUACUUGACUACCUCUUGGAGGAUCCUUUUUCAGUUCCUUAUAAUCUCUGAUCGGAGAGAUCAUGGCUGAGGGUGGUGUCCCGUACCCCUCCGUGUUCAUGGUGGAUAGCCAUGCAGCCUACCCACCGCUGCCCCCCAAACCGAGACCUCCUGGUCGGGGUGGUGUGGCCCAAAGCCUGCUGUUCUUGCUGGUUGGUCUGGCUUUGUGUGGCUUGGCCAUAGAGGCCUGCUUCAUCUACCACCUCUACUCCAACCAGGGAUCUGUGGAGUCAGGGUCAGCUGGUAUGAGUAUCCAAGACCAUGAGGACAUUCCGAAGGAGGUGCCCCCAACUUCAAGACCAAACCCUAUUGUGUUGCCUUCAAAACCUGUUGCACAUCUGACAGCUGGACCUCAAGCAUCCCAUGGAGAUGGAGUCAUGGUAUGGGAUAUGCAGACAGAACCGCUCCUCCAUGAAAUGGAGUACAAAGAUGGCAAGCUUGUCAUCCAGAAGGAAGGCUACUACUACGUCUACUCUAAGAUCUUCUUCAGUGAGGUCAAUGUUGCAUUCACACACUCGGUCUGCAGAACUACUCCACGGUACCUUAGGAAGGACAUUGAACUCCUUAAGUCCAGGAGAUAUUACCCCAAGUCUGGGAAAAUGAUGUCCACAUCAAACAGCUACCUGGGAGGGGUGUUCCACUUCUUUGAAGAUGACUCCAUCUUUGUCAAAGUGAAAAAUAGUACUCAAGUUCGGAUACACUCUUCCACAGAGAACGUGUUUGGUAUCUAUAUGAUAUAAUAAGCCUGGGGUUGAUGAUGAAGAUACUUUUUUUUAGAUAGCUGGCUGAUUAUCAUUGGUUUAAGAAAUUAUAAUACUGUAGGCCAAUUUACAUGUAAUAUUGCUACGCAGGGCCUUCCCCCUUCCCGGCACACCAUCAUUUUCUUUAAACAAAUCCUUGCAUCAAGAUGCAAUUUGAUGCGUGGAAAAUUUACUGUUGAAGAAAAAGCCCCUUUAUAAUAAAGCCAUAAUAACGUUUGCCAUGUGCCAUACACUAGGCUACAGUUGAGCAGAGGCGUUUUUAGGAUUUCCGCACAUGGGGAUUUUUUUUAGCAGGGUCGUAAAAGAAUCCGCAUUUAAAAAAAUGCAUUUCAUGCAGUUCUACGUGAUUUACAUGACCUAAAGACAUUAGUUUAAUCUUUUUAUUACCACACAACUGACUGAAAUGACUGGCUACUCUGACACUGACAAACUGAGAUCAAUCUGGUCUUGAAUUCAAACAAACAAUAGCCCAGGCCAAUGAAGCGACACAAGGAUUGUACAGUAUUAGGAGGCAAUAUAUAUAUAUAUAUAUAUAUAUAUAUAUAUACAGUAUAUACUGUAUAUCAUAGGUUACAGUAGGUUACUAAAUAAAAUGUUGAGUGGCACACUGAUUCACCUAAUGAUGAAGAUGAAGCCAUAGGCUUCUCACGGUGAGGGCUGAUGCGCUUGCUGUGGCAAUAGCCUAUCUCAAGAUGAGCUACUUUGAAAAACAAGUGCUGCUGUUAGCUAAAAAUUGGGAGUUGUUAAGAAAAAAAUGUUAUUGGUUCUAAAGACAGAUUAGUCUUGUCUUUUCACCAGUAGGCAUUUGCUUUCCAAACUGUGCGUUUUUCCCACAAUUUUAUUUUGAAAUCUGCAAACUGACAGCUGCUUCCCAACCAUAGAAGUACAAUCCAUAGAUGCCAGUUCCCAGUUCAAGUCAGAACUGGCAUCCAUUGCUCGUGUACCCAUGAGUUUAACAGUCAAAUUGCCAGGGUAAGAGGUUACAAAACACUUUAAUGGAGUAUAUAUCUAUGGCCAAAAAGCAACAAGCUGUAGCCUAUUUGGGGCGCAUGACCUUCCUGACUGUAGGUACACCAGUAACUGCCAAAAUAAAGGAAACACAUGAGUAAACAAGGGAUACAAGGGAUACCAUAUGUUAUGGUGUGGGGUGCAUUUUCCUGGCAUGGUUUAGAGCCACAUGUAUAAUCUAUGCCAAGGAGCAUUGAAGCUGUUCUGGCAGCUCAUGGUGGCGCAGCUCCCUUUUAAGACACUUUUUGUUGGUGUUUCCUUAAUUUUGGAAGAUAUCUGUAUGUGCUUGUGAUAAAACUUCAUUCACAGUUAUUUUUUAUAAACGAUUUAUCCUCUGCGGCUAAAUUAUGCUCUCUGGUGUAUUUUGAACAUUGAGAGCGGGCGCCUGUGGUUGGAUAAAAAAAAAUAUAUAUAUAAAAUAAAAUAAAAAAAUUAUUUUUUGCCUCUUGGGCCCAGUCCUUGACUCACGCAAUUGACUAGUCCUAUUUAUUUAUUAUGCAGUUAUUAUUUGUAUUUUUUUAUUAAUCAAUUACCCAAUCAAGACAGGGGACUCCCUACCUCCUCUCCUCCCCCCACCUAAUGAUUAGCAGAGCGGCAGCAGGCAGCAGCGGGCAGCAGCAGGCAGGCAGGCAGCAGCAGGCAGCAGCAGGCAGAAGCAGGCAGCAGCAGCUAGACUCAUUGAGAGCAGGGUCCUGAGUCCUCCUGUGAUUGGCGGUUGUAGUGAAAAAGUAUAAAAUAUAUGCUACAGAUAUAAUAUAUACUACAUAUAUAUAUAUAACAUAUACUAUAUACAGUAUAUAUUUCCUUAAUAAUUAAACAUUUAUUUCAAAAAAUAUAAUUGCUGCCUCUUGGGCCCCCAAUGGGCCUGGACACAGAUGUUUCAGCCCCGGUAAACCCCUGCAUUAAUCCGGCCCUGUUGCUAAGGUAAAUCAUAAAAUCGGAUAAAUUGAUUGAUUUAGCUUUUGUAGAAUAAAACCAUUUUUUUUAAAUCAGUUUUGGUGGUGAAAGUGCUGAAUAUUCUGGAGUUAACAUUAUUAGGGAUGUUUGUAUUCACUCAGUGUUACUUCUCUUUUGUAAGUAGUGUUGUUGUUAUUGAUGGGGGUUUUGGUCAGGAGGUAACACAUUAUGUUGAUAGUCCACUCUCAAGAACAAGAACAAAAGUACUGUAUGAACAUUACCUCUGUAUGCUAGGGUUCAAUGCAUAUUUACAGACAUCAGCUCUUUAUUCUCUUACUUGUUUGUUAUAUUGACCUGAUUAAAAAAUAAUAUAUCCAUAAUAGUAUAAGGAAAUACAUAAUAUAGACAUAGAGAAAAAUAUUUAGAUAUUAAGAUCAUUCGAAAUAGAGACAAGUAGAUAUAUUCCAAAUUAUUGAAACGAUUUAAGAAUACCUGAUAUUCAGGUAAAUUGCAUGUAAACCACUGCAUGGUGUUCAUGAUAAGGUCAAAUGUUAAACUAUCUAUUUCCCUCUUUGUAUACCCUCCAUAAAAUGACCAAGUAAUUAACUAAUUUCAAUACCCUCGACAUGUUGUAUUUCACCUUUUGGUGUUUUAUAUUUAUUUAACAUUUUAUACAAAUGUAAAGUAGUCAUUGUCCUCCAUAUUCUGAUAAACACGACUUAUCAACUUCCAUAUAUAGUGAGAAAUAAAAAUAAUAUAUGUUUUUUUUUCUUCUUCUUGGACACCAACGCUAUGCAAGCAGUAGGCUAUAGCUGUAAAACAUACUGUGUAUUUUGUAUAUUCUAUCCUGCAAAUAUUCAAAUAAAUAAAAGUUAAAUUUUUUAUCUUU